UAGGCAGAAGCAAACCCCGACUGAAGAAUCACAAAUUUUUUUACCUCUCUUCUCCCGGAUGAACGGGAUCAGACUGCAGUUUUCUUAAUUAUGACUCCUUGAAUUUUUUGUUCCCUUUGAUAAAACAGGGAAACCUCUUCAAGGUCUGCAAGAAAGAACUGAGCUGCCGGUUAGUUUGGAAACUUCAUAUCAUUUAUAUGAACCUUUGAUGAAGAUUUUCUUGAAAUUAUAAGAUGAAGAAAGGAAACUUGUUUGUGGCUUCCAUGUUCCUGUUCCAGAGCUGUGAGUCUUUGCUUUCAAUCGCUAGCUUUGAAAAUGGAGAGGAUCAUGGAGGCGAUACAGGCAUGGCUUUAUCCCCCUUGAAGAUGUCCCAUUCAAGCUGCGCUUUGAAGGCGGAUGGUGGGCCAUGCAGGGCAAUGCUCAGGAGAUAUUUCUUCAACAUUUCCUCGUGGAAGUGUGAAGAAUUUGAAUACGGAGGAUGCGGAGGCAAUGAGAACAGAUUUGUCAUGUUGGAAGAGUGCCAGAAGAAGUGCAUUUCAGAACAUUCAUUGAGGACAAAAGGACUGAAAGAAAAACCCGAAUUUUGCUAUUUGGAGGAAGAUGUUGGAAUUUGUCGAGGAUUAAUUUCCAGGUAUUUUUAUAACAAUCAAUCAAAACAGUGUGAAGAAUUCAAGUACGGUGGGUGCCUAGGAAAUGAAAACAACUUCGAAUCAUUGGAAGAAUGCAAGAGAACCUGUGAAGGUGGAUCGGAUUCAUUGCAAGUUGACGAAGAAGAAAUUCAGCCUGAUACAGUAGUUAAACCCAGUCAGUUACCAAGUUCCUUUGAAUUCGCCAGCCCUUCUUGGUGCAGGACUCCGGCUGAGAGAGGUUUGUGCCGGGCUAACGAGAAGAGAUUCUUCUAUAACGUGGCUAUCGGAAGGUGCCGUCCAUUUAACUACAGUGGAUGUGGUGGGAAUGAAAAUAAUUUCACCUCUAAAAAAGCGUGUCUCCGGAACUGUAAGAAAGGUUUUAAUAGAAAAGUAAAAGGUGGUUUAAUCAAAACCAAACGAAAGAGAAAGAAGCCGCCAGUGAAAAUAACGUAUGAAAAAAUCCUCAUCGGAAAGAUCUAAUUUAUAAAAGAAUAUGAAACACAAACUACCGCUUCAUUGAUGUUUGACAGUGACGUGUCCUUUUCACCCAGGGAUAGUCAUUUCUAAUAUUUUAAUUUUCUAGUAAUUUGGGGCAAACAUAGUGGUCUUUAUAAGGUUUUUAAAGUUUGAAAUAUCAUUUCUGUUAAACAUUUGUUACCCGUGCACAUUGUAACAGCAUCUUAAUUACAUUAAAAUAUUUCAUUUUCCCAUGACAGUCAAUGCACAAUUAUCCGGCACCUUUUGAUGCAUUGAGUUGAUUAUCCAGGUACUUUGUUCUUCGAUCUUCAUCCAACACACUAAUUGUUUUGAGUGGGUCAUUUCUCACGUGCCUCUCUAUCACCAAAUAGUCACGGGGGAGAAAGGAGACUCAACUCAAGUCUAUUUUUCUGUUUGAUGACGAUUUUUACAAAUAGCUAGUUGGGAAGGAAGUUGAAGCCAUAGUCAGAAAUGAAGUCUGCUAUCAUCUUUAGAUGUCACUUGGCCAUAUUCAUUUGGCCUUCCUAAGGUAACUCCCAAAAGUCAAAUGUUUUAGGCAUCGUAUUCUCUUCUACUGCCUCUCAGUAAGUUAGGAGGUGGAUGCUAAAGAUGUUGCAUAUCAAGUCUCGUCGUGGACAGACAG